UACCAUUCAACAGGAUAUUCUAAACCCAUGACUACUUCCAUCUAGAAGGACAAGGACAGCAGAUACGUAGGAACACUACCCCGUGCACAUUUCCCUCCAAGCCACUCACCAUCCUGACUUGGAAAUAUAUCGCCAUUCCUUUAGUGUAGAUCUUGCUGCUAACACCAUGCUCCCUAGGCACCAGUGAACUGGUAAACAAUGCCUUUCUCAGACUUUGUUCUGGCCCUGAAAGAUAACCCAUACUUUGGGGCUGGUUUUGGCCUGGUCGGGGUAGGAACAGCCCUAGCGCUGGCUCGCAAAGGGGCGCAGUUUGGGAUGGUCGCCUUCAGGAGGCACUGUAUGAUCACGCUGGAGGUGACCAGUCGAGACAAGAGCUACCACUGGUUACUCAACUGGAUCACGCACCAUGCCAAACGGACACAACACCUUAGUGUUGAGACAUCCUACCUCCAACACGAGAGUGGCAGAAUCAGCACAACCUUUGACUUUGUUCCCAGCCCAGGAAACCACUUCAUCUGGUACAAGAGCAAAUGGCUUCGGGUGGAGAGAAACCGGGAGAAGCAGAUGAUCGACCUGCAUACAGGUACCCCGUGGGAGACCGUCACCCUCACCUCAUUGGGCAGUAACCGUCAGGUCUUCUUUGACAUUUUAAGGGAAGCAAAGGACCUGGCUCUGAAGCAGCAGGAAGGCAAAACGGUGAUGUACACGGCGAUGGGAGCAGAAUGGCGGCCAUUUGGAUUCCCGAGGCGCAGGCGGCCCCUAGAUUCUGUUGUGCUGGAUAAAGGAGUCUCAGAGAACAUUGUCCGUGAUGUCAAGGAUUUCAUCGGGAAUCCCAAGUGGUACACAGACCGGGGUAAGACGUGACAAACUCAGCAGCUC